AUGGAUGAUUUGGAGCCCGACUUCCGUGUCCGUGUCUGGAGAUACACGUACAAAGUUGAGGGUCAUGGUGGUGAUCCCAUCCUUCUCAACUCACCACAAGAGUCCCCGGAUGAACGCCACGACACGCUUGUGCUUCGUCAGAUCAACUCGGACGCCGAAAACAAGGUGUGGGUUCAGGAACAGGCCGGUCAGCACUUCAAGAGGCACAGCGAUGCUCCCGAGGGUCCAUUAAUGGACGAUGCGCACGGCGUCAUUGUUCGAGAUGGGCAGGCCAAGAUGAUUCCAAGACAAGGGGAAAGGGCAGCAACCCACGAUUAUAAGCGAGGAGACCGGGUCUGGGUCGAACGAAGCCUCGUGCCAACGCAUAACAUCGAUAAUGACGAAAACCGAGUCCCCGUCAUUGACCUUGAGUCCCUUCGACUGUUCGAGCUGCCCUUUGACUACAUCUGCUUCGUUCCUCAACUCAGCAAGAGAAACGAAUCAGGCGAGCACCAUGCGGCAGCUGUUGGUUCUGUGCUCAACACCUUUCAGGGAAAGAAGAAAACCAAAGCCCGCAUCUACUUCUGCUGGAUGGCUGAGACACCAGAUAAGGUCUCAUAUGUGUGGUUGAAUAAGAAGGACAAGCAUGAUCUCGAGGAGAUGAGUUCUUACGCCAAGAUCCAAAACUUGGAACGGAAACGGCGCAUCUUUCGAAACCAGUGGCAGGCCUUGACGAAGAAGCUUGCUUUGUUGGGGCUGUUGAUGGGGGACGAGGUGGUCCCUGGAGCGGUUGACAGGCUCGAAUCCUCGAGCGACAGCGAUGCCGGGGAUCUCGACCUCUACUGGAGAACCGGCCCGACGGCGAGUAGCUGCUGCAACCUUGAUCCUUGCCCAGCUUUCAACGACCCAGACCUCGACCUUGUGGCGUCCUACAUUGGGGGCUACCAGUGGAUGGAACACUACCACGUGCAAGACGAUGAUCUGGAUGAGUGCCCUCGUGGUUUUGAGCACAAAGGCCACUGCGUCCUCCGCGAUAACCGGACGAGAUGUGCAUACGCAACUGAUCGAGUACCACACACGUGCUGCAAGCUUCGCGUGAAUCCCAUGCUCCCUGGACCGGACGGCGACCCAGACGACGUAACCUUGCCCCUGUGGGAGACAACGGCUGGGGAUGACUACUUUGUUGAUGCGACGAGGAACGUCCGGACAAGAAAGGAGCUUGAGGACCGCGACGAAAUCCCCCCACAGUUGUGGCAGGUGGAAAAGGAAGCAACGCGGCAGGAUUCGAUGGAAUCGGGAGAUGAGGCCGAGGACACCGAUGAAGACGAAGCUGAGGAGCUGGUGGACGACAACGCGAUGGACGAGGGCUCUAUAGAAGAGGACCCUAUGACUGAUGACUCUGUAGAUGGCGACUCUAUGGGGGAUGACUCUAUUGAGGACGAUUCCCUCGAGAGCAGCUCUAUAGAGGAGAAUACUACUUUUAUCGACGACACGAGAAACGAACCGACACGGCUACGAAACUCACCUCCUGACUCCCAAGACGACUAUGGAGAUACUGAGAUGAUGACGACGAACCCGCUUGAAGAAAUACAGCUGCCUCUGGGAUAUCCGCUCGUUCAGGCCCAUACACAACAGUAUGCUGAGCCAUUCUACCAACCGACAUACAAUAUGUUUCCUUACGAAUUCCCGCAAAACGACCCUUUCGGCCUCGCCCCCCCAUUUGAUCCAACAAAUAUGUUUGAUCCUCUGUAUCCAUAUGCGCCCCAGGAUCCUCCUGCCUGA